AAUACUUACGACUUCGCUUAAUAUUACUGUUGAUUUAUCAUAGAAGGAUAAUGUAGAAUUAUGUUUGGAGUUAGCUUGUUUAUGUGUGGUUUUGUUUGUUUGGUGAAAUCACAAAAUCAAUUCCAGCAAUUCCAAUCAUAUCCUUACGGAACAAGCUAUGCUAGUAUCUACAGUAAACAGCCCAUUAUAGUUACCCCCGCAAGCUCUUAUAACCAAGUUUACACCACUGUGCAUCCCUCUAUAUACCCUGAAACUCCCUCAGUAGCAAGCUAUUUACAGGAAACCCAUUUGAACAACAUACUUUCAAAUCCCGCCAUCCAGGCUUUCAUAGAUCCUGGGACCAAGAUUUAUAAUCAAAACGGCAUAGAAAUAUCAGAUCAAGUUCGACCAAGAACUCCUAAUGUUGUCAAUAACUAUUUUAUAGUUCCAACGGAUUACUUAAAGACAAAUGAAAGCCAACCGUUUUUGAAAAAUACACGACAUAAAAAUCAAAAUAAUUAUUAUAAAUCAUGCCCAAAGAGGCAUUUAAGGAACGAACCGGUUAAAAGUACAAGAGAGUUUAAAAGUGAUGACAAUCCAAGGCCAAGAUAUAGGAAAAAUCAACAGCUAAAUUCACAAUGUAAAGAAAACGGGGUGGGUAAAAAACAAAAGACGUUAGAAGAUUCAGAGGUAAUACUUAGUGAUCUGGGUGUAAGAAACAAUAAACAAAGUGAUAGCUUUAAAAGAGAAGAUAAACUGUCUACUCGGCAACGUUCUGAAAAAUCAUCAAGGACAAGCAAUAAUAUAAAUUAUGAUGAUGAAAGGCUGGUAACAAAAAAACAUAAAGACAGACGAUUGAAUGAUGGGCUAAAAGCCCAAUAUAAGAGCAAUUUAAAUGAAUGUGAUGAACCUUUUUAUUUAAAUGAAGAAUGUUGUGAAUUGGAUAAAAGAAAUCCUCGCAAUCCCGUCAACAAACCCUUAAACAAGAAAAGUCAUACUAGAUCUAAAAACAAUCAGAACGAUUUCAUGAAUAACUGGAUGAACUAUGUAAAAAUGUUUAUGCCCGAUCAAAAUAAUGAUUCUUUAGACUUUUCACAGAUUAAUUUUCCAUAUAAUUUUGAUCGAAUGCCUAAUUUUAAUAAUAUAAAACCACAAGUAAAUAAAUCAAAUAAAAGAAAUAAAAAACGAAAGGAAAAAGAACAACAAGUAUUAGAGAUAUCGAAUAAAAGUGACCCAACUAAGCAAGAUAAAAAUAAAAUAGUAGAACUGUCUCCUAAGUUCAUCGAAGUAGAAGAUAAAAAAGAACCGGUUAAAAUAAAUAAAGUGACUAACUUAAUUCCAGAGUCAUCAACGGAAACAUCUGAAAAGGUUACAAAUAAACAAAAAACAUUAUUAAUAAAUUCUGAAAUUAGUGUGGAAGAAGUACCCAUUAUGUAUCAAAAUGAAAUAAUAGAUUACUACCCAGACUUUAAAAAUGAUGCAAUAUAUACAACAGAUGAAGAUGAUUUGUAUUUCUUCCAUAACCGGCACUACUAUAACACCGAAGAGGCACUCAAUCGUGAAAGACGAAAAUUCGAUCGAAGUGAAGAAACCUCCAAUCAGUCUGGAAGGAAAAGCGGCAACAAUAUUCCCUCGUAUAAAAAAAGCAAUGUAAAAGAUAAAUCGGAAGAUCAAUUCCGGACUCCUCCGGGCUUGAGUGAUCCAGGAUUUCAAACAAGAAAAAUAAGUGUAAAAGAUAAGACUGGUUUUUAUUCAUAUCACAUUGAUGACAAAGAUUCAAUAGAUUUUAUACCAGUGGAAAAAGACGACAAUAGCAUCGAAACAGUCUAUGCCCGUUCUAAAGUUGUUAAAUACGGUAAACCUAGAGAGGUUGAAAAACAUAAGAUAGAUCGUGAUCAGGAAAACAGGAAUGAAAGACAUCGAAACGUUUAUCCUAAGGACGGCGAAACAACUGUUGUGUUCUCUAAAGCAUGGAUUCCUGAAAAGAGUGUAAAUUAAAUGAAGAUAGUCGUUGUUACUAUUUAUAUGAUUUUCAAGAGCAAUUUUUACUUCCCUAACUUCUUAUGUCUUCUGUGUAUUUUACGAAUAAAUAAACUGCAUACAAUAUUCUAUUAGUAAAGAAAAAAAGAGCAUUAUGUCAAUUUAACGAGUUAUAAUUUAUUAAAACAUUCUAUAUUGCUUCUUGAUAUAUUUUUUUACGAAAUUUUCCGUGUAUAGGUUAGGUCAUAUGCUAACACCAACGUUACUUCUAUUUUUUAAGUCAAAAACUCAGGAAUCCAAUGUGUAUAACAUAUAUAAUUUAAUUCAGUGACGCUAAAAAUCUUUAGAGGAGUAUGUUAUCGUCGUCAUGUCUUGUCGAAAGGUUUUCUAUGCUACGUGCGUUUUGUGCGUUGUUUUAGGUACGAGGAACAUGUCAAUAUGAAAAAAAGUACUUAGUUUUCUUACCAUGUUUUUUAAAUAAAAUAUCGCUAGGGAACCGAUAAAACAAGUUUAAAUGUACUAUUUGCGCAACAUAUAAAAACUUCUACACAAUCGGGAUUCGAAGGCACGUCUACGGCGUUAAUAUCGUACUACUAAGCUAACAAUGCUCUACAUCAUAUACGUAUGUACAUAGUUCUUUAAACAAAACUAUUACUUAAAUAUUAUUUGUUACUGGAAUAACAAGUGGUAAAAUACCUACGGCAAAUAAACAUUCCCAACAAGUGUUUAUUCACUUCAGUAUUCAAUUCAGUCUACGCAAAUAAAUGUAGAUUGAAUUCUCGCUAACGUAUCUUUGUGAAGGCUUUCAUCGUAUUUCAGAGGCAUGAAUGUGUAAUAAACUCCUAAGUAAAUGUUUAUUAUCUUA